AGUUAUCUAUUAGCUGCUUUAUAUAUUGAUUCCACUUAUACAUACAUAUGUGUGUCUACCGAAAUGGAAAAGGACCACAGACCACAGAGGAAAUUGUGCAACGUUCACAGACGUUAACUCAGAAUCCUGCGUCUAAAAAGACUCACUUGACACAGAUGCAGGUGCAGCUUCCUUCAAAGUGACUACAGUGAGGUUAAUGCUCAGGAGUAUGGCGCACUUGGAAAACAUGAACAUCACCAACGACACCUGCCAUGUAGAACACCUCCAGGGUUUGGCUUACACUCCUUUGUUCCUCCUGGGUUUCCUCAUCAACGCUGCAGCUCUGCGCGCCUUCAUCACAAUGCGAGACUCCUGGACGGAAACUCACAUCUACAUGUUCAACCUGGCCAUAGCUGACUCUGCCCUCGUCCUCUUCCUUCCCUUCAGGAUCUACGACGCCUACUUCUGCCUGCAAAGGACCCCCUUAUGUACUGUCCUCAUUUCCAUUCACUUCACCACCAUGUACGCCAGCAUCAUGACCACGACCGCCAUCAGUGUCCACCGCUACCUGGCUGUGAGGUUCCCCCUGCAGACCCGAUUGUGGAGGAGGAAGAAGGAGAUAGCUGUUGCCGUGUGCUUGUUUAUUUGGGGACUUCUGGUGACAGCUUCGGUGAUUUACCGAAAGGAGAACUACCCGGACAAACUCUGGACGUGUUAUGAAAGAUGCAAGAAUGGUCCGCUUCACAUACAGUUCAUCCUGAUUAUGGUCGGCCUCGGCUACCUCACUCCACUGGUGAUCGUUUUGUUUUGUUCCAGUCACAUCAUCUCUGUUCUGUCAAAGUCGGAUGACAAGUCAGAGGAAAAGAAAAGCAUUGUUGGUCUGGUUUCAGCAAACAUGAUCGUGUUCAUCGUCUGCUACACACCGAUCCACAUUGGCUUCCUCAUCAACUACUUUUCCACUCCACCUGAAAACUGGCAGAGUGUAUUUUCGCCUCCACAUUUAUAUUUACUUGUGUGUGAAUGGAUUGCCACCACAAACUGCUGCUUUGAUUCCAUCAGCUAUUAUUUCUUAUUGAAAAACUUUUAUUCGUAAGUCAGUGUUAGAAUUAAAGAAGUGCUCCACAGAAGUAAGAUCAAAAUAUGACUUUUUAUGAUGUCAUCAAGGUCGUCUCUGUUUGGGCUUGACACUCUUUGGGGAGGAUGAAGGAAAAACACUGUUGAUUUAUGGGAAUUGUAGGAUCCAGUGUUUCUGCAGCUUGAUACAGUCAAGGGUGUCAAAUUUAGGAUGUGACUACCUCCGCUGCUUGGAUUUAGACAUUUUUUCAAAUGAAUCUUUCUUUUGUGAGAUCCCAAUUUGAUAAUUUAUGCAACACAAAAAAUAUUGGGUGGCCCUUUAAAUUGGCUUUAUGCUAACUCUUUAAUAAGCACCAUGCUUUAAGUGUCUGAUACGAAGGAGUAUUAGUGAAACAUGAAAAAGGAAAAAUCUUGGAUCUCGAAAGAAAUGUAAUAUAAUGAGAAUAAGGUCAUAUUCUACGUGUCAUGUUAGAGCACAAAUAUCAAAGGAUCGUCUUAUCGCCUGCUCUAAAAUGAGGAAUAUUGAGCAUCCUAUUAAAUUAGCACAAAUAAUUAAAUAUUUAAUCUUUAGGCAUCCCAUAAUCAGGGCUUUGAAGAAAUUGUGCAAGAAGAGUCUAUGCUGACAGAAGAGACACACAGACCAGGAGGGAAUUGCCUGUUUUGUGAUGGAGGAAAUAUUUGCUGGUGUUCGACUGUGAGGUUUUCAUCUGUUACAUCUGUGUGAUAAGUAAGAGGGUUCGUAGCUUCUCACGAAACGAUGGUCCAAGGGUUUGGAUCCAGAAGGAGCAGAACUUUGGCAAGCACAGUAAUAUGAUGACUUUUCUAAUUGAAAUACAUAUGGCCCUAAUACUCUGUCGUAAUCUGGCAUUGCUUGUGAUGAUUAUUGUUUUAUAGAUUUGUACGAUAUGAUUUAUUCUCAGAAAAUGUAAGUGAUGUAUGUGUUUUGUAAAAAUUAAGUUUUUCCACGUGACAAAGUCCAAGGUUGCUGUAUGAGUUGUUUCCCAUUAUGUGUUUUCCUUGUGGGGACAAAUGCAAGUUCUAAUAACAUAAAUCUGUGACUUUUAAGGUGAA